GAUAUUCAGCUUGCGGUCACGCUGACGACGAUAACGAAACAAGAAAGAGGAGGCAGCAAUUUAAUAAAUUACAAAGGAAAAAAGGGCAAAAUACAAAUUAUUGCAAGCUGUGUGUGUGCUUUAAGCAAGUGUAUAAUUCGUGCAAGGACAGUCUUAACCACGAUACACCUACACACACACACACACAGACAGAACCUCACUGCAGUACGCAAACACAAACACACAUACACACACAAACACUCACACAUACACAGUUUAGAUGAUGAGCAGCAGAACGGACACGGACGGCUCCUCCAUACGUUUCAGCGAUCACACACUGGACAAAGCCACCAAGGCCAAGGUGACGUUGGAGAAUUACUACAGCAAUUUGGUGACACAAUACGGCGAACGCAAACAACGCCUGGCCAAAUUGGAGGCGCAGCUGAAGGACGAAAGUCUAACAGACUCGCAAAGGCAGGAGAAACGCUUACAACAUGCGCAAAAGGAGACGGAAUAUUUGCGCCUCAAGCGAUUGCGUCUCGGUGUCGAGGACUUUGAGGCAUUGAAAGUUAUUGGUCGCGGCGCCUUCGGUGAGGUGCGUUUAGUGCAAAAAAAGGACACGGGACAUGUGUAUGCAAUGAAGGUGCUACGCAAAGCAGACAUGCUUGAAAAGGAGCAAGUGGCCCACGUACGCGCUGAGCGCGAUGUUCUCGUCGAGGCCGAUCAUCAAUGGGUGGUCAAAAUGUACUACAGUUUUCAGGAUCAGGUCAAUUUAUAUUUGAUAAUGGAGUUCUUGCCUGGCGGUGAUAUGAUGACGCUUCUCAUGAAAAAGGACACGCUAUCCGAGGAGUGCACACAGUUCUACAUUAGCGAAACGGCGUUAGCGAUUGACUCGAUACACAAGCUCGGUUUCAUACACAGAGACAUCAAGCCGGACAACUUGCUGCUGGACGCGCGAGGGCAUCUAAAGCUCUCUGAUUUUGGACUGUGCACAGGUCUAAAGAAGUCGCAUCGCACAGACUUUUAUCGUGAUCUGUCGCAGGCGAAACCAUCCGAUUUCAUUGGCACCUGCGCCAGUCCCAUGGACUCGAAGCGACGGGCCGAAUCAUGGAAACGGAAUCGACGUGCCCUCGCCUACAGUACAGUGGGCACGCCCGAUUAUAUAGCACCCGAAGUAUUCCUGCAAACCGGCUAUGGACCCGCCUGUGAUUGGUGGUCACUGGGCGUGAUUAUGUACGAAAUGCUUAUGGGUUAUCCGCCAUUUUGUUCGGACAAUCCACAAGACACGUAUCGCAAGGUGAUGAACUGGCGCGAGACAUUAAUCUUUCCGCCCGAAAUCCCCAUAUCGGAGGAGGCCAAAGAGACGAUUAUUAAUUUCUGCUGCGAAGCCGAUCGCCGUCUCGGUUCGCAGCGUGGUCUCGAGGAUCUGAAGUCGGUGCCGUUCUUUCGUGGCGUUGACUGGGAACACAUUCGUGAGCGCCCCGCUGCCAUACCCGUCGAGGUGCGAUCCAUUGACGAUACGUCCAAUUUCGAUGAGUUUCCCGAUGUCUCACUGGAGAUACCAUCAGCGCCUGUGCCGCAGGGCGGCGAAAUUGCCAAGGAUUGGGUCUUCAUCAAUUACACGUACAAGCGCUUUGAGGUGCGAAAUUUGGAGUGAAGCUGCGCGGCUUGCCAGUUGCCACAGUUUGCCACCAAUACCACAUCAACAACACCAACAAAAACCACAACCACCAACAAUAAGAACAAAAACAAGAAAAACUCACCACACCACAACAACACCACCAGCAGCAGCAGCAUUAGCAGCAUAAAAAGAAACCACAGCAUCAAUUGCAAUCGCAGUCUCUCUAACAACAGCAUCAUCAACCACAACAACAGCAUUCUCCAACGCUAGAAAACUUAAUUUUCCUUUUCAAUGUCUUACCUACAUGUGUAUUUAAAUACUAUAGCUAACAUUUGUGAUUCCAAAAAACAAAAAAAGAAACAAAAACAAAAAAAGCAACAAAACGAAAACGAAACAGUAAGAAAAGUGAACAAGAAACGAGAAACAACAGCAACAACAAAAAUAAUAACGAUAUGUAUUGUAAAUGUUUUGAGCCUCAAAUUAAGUUAGACGCUUCUACUAACUAAAAUGCUCCACUGUGUACGUGUAUGGCUUCGUUUAACACCGCCCUCCCCUCUCACUUGAAUAACCAAUUUGGCAAUUGUUUAUCAUAAUUACAUAAUAUGUACGAUUUGUUUUUUCCUUCAUUGGGCAGCAGCGAAAUAUGUUGAUAAAUUUCAUAUAAAACAAAAAAAAAAACACAAAAACAAAAAAAAAGUAAACGUAAAAUGUUUAAACACAAUAUUAUUAUUUAGAAAAUUGUGAAAUGUUUUUUAAAUUUAGGCACGUUAUUUAAUAUACUUACAUAUGUAUGUUUUAUAUAUUUAUUAAUUAUGAAACACAACAACAAAAACACACACGCGAAUUGUAUGUAUUUCAAAGCAAAGAAAACAUCAAAAAUCAAACACGAAAUUCAGCCUCACACAAGAACAAAAAUACACAAAUUAGUUACAAGAAGAUUGUACGUAUUUAAUGUCGGUUUCUUUCAGUGUACACACGACCCCAGAGACGACCCAAUCCAUGAUUACACUCUUACAUAAUUUUAGCGUUUCUCUUGUAGUUUUCCUUAACGUUCUUCAAAGUUUCGUGUGUUUUCGAACAAAACAAAGUUAUCGCUGGUAAAAACGCAAGUAAAAUUAAAUCGAAUUAUCUACUAAAAAAUAAAAAAAAAAAAAACAAAACAAAAA